GUACUUUCCGUUUGGGAUCAUCUUCCUGGUGGCGGGGAAGAUCCUGGACAUGCAGGACCCGAGCACGCUGGGGAGGAAGCUGGGCUGGUACGGCAUCACGGUGCUCGCCGGGCUCUUCGUCCACGGACUCAUCCUCCUCCCUUUCUUCUACUUCAUCCUAACCAGGAAGAACCCCUUCUCCUACAUCCGCGGGCUGCUGCAGGCCAUGGUGAUCGCCCUGGCCACCUCCUCCAGCUCUGCCACUCUGCCCAUCACCAUGAAGUGUUUGUUGGAAAACUGCCACGUCGACCGGCAGAUCGCGCGGUUCGUCCUCCCUGUGGGCGCCACCAUCAACAUGGACGGCACAGCGCUGUACGAGGCCGUGGCGGCCAUCUUUAUCGCUCAGGUUAAUGACUACGAGCUGGACUUCGGCCAGUUGGUCACCAUCAGCAUCACAGCCACAGCCGCUAGCAUCGGUGCAGCGGGGAUUCCUCAGGCCGGUCUGGUUACCAUGGUGAUCGUACUGACAUCCGUGGGCCUGCCGCCAGAUGACAUCACACUCAUCGUGGCCAUCGACUGGAUCCUCGACAGGUUUCGGACCAUGAUCAACGUUCUGGGCGACGCUCUGGCGGCGGGAAUCAUCGGCCACCUCUGUCGGAAAGAUUUCCCCCUCAGUGAAGCAGGAAAAAAUGUACCGUCCUACGGCACUCAGACUCCUCACAACAACUCCCACAGCGUAGACGUGCCAAUGACGGAGAUCCACACGCACAAAGACUGCAUGUUCGACUCACCGGGCGAGAAGCAAGCGCACACCGUCUACUACAACAUCUGCCAGGUGUGAUCGGAGGUGACGGAGCUGCCCGCCCCAAAACCACCGCUGAAGCCCGGGAGAGUCCGGUCAAAUCUCAGCGUGCCAUCUGAGCAGGAGCGUUAGGACGAGACGGACUUUGUGGUAACAGAGCAGCAAUCUUCUUAACAGGACGGGAGAGGAACAGGAACCGUGGUUUAUUUGGCCAAAAGUGGAUCGGAGCUUCUCGUGGAGCUUCGUUCUCCUGCUCGCUGACGACAAAGAGAACAAAAGCUCCACGGGCACGAGGAUCAGGACGCCAUUUUAAUGAUAACUCGCAAGCUAGCUGGAAUUUUCGAAAUUGAGACUAUUGCUAUGUAUCGAGCAAAGAAAUCCAGCAGCAUCUCUGCUUGUCAGUGAAAAGGUGCCUGAUCUGCACCAGAGGAUUAUGGGUACACGACGCCCUCCUGGGAGCACCUGCACAG